UUUAUGGUCAGCUUUUUCUUUUGUGGACUUAGAAACGAGGUGUAGUGGACUUUGCCAGUUGGAUUAAAAAUUCAUCUGCCCAUGGUGCCAUUUUGCAGUUCCGAUCAGACAUCAGAGAAUUGGUGACUUGCCAACAGAUGGAUAACCAGGGGAGCAAGUACGACGUGUUCUUGAGCUUUAGAGGCGAAACACGCAGGGGCAUCACGGACCAUCUCUACCAUAGAUUAAACGACCACAACUUCAAUGUCUUUCGGGACAAGGACAAAUUGAUUUGUGGGGAUGUUAUAGAAGAAAGUCUGAAUCAAGCAAUCAAAGAGUCCAGGCUUGCUGCCAUCAUGUUCUCAAAGGGGUAUGCGGAGUCCAGAUGGUGUCUUGACGAGCUGGUGGAGAUCAUGGAGUGCAGAAGAACACUGGGUCAACUUGUUUUUCCGAUUUUCUUCGAUGUUGCUCCUUCAGAUGUCAGGCAUCAGACUGGUAGUUUUGAACCCGCGUUUCGGAACCAUCGACAAAGGUUUGAGGCUGAAAAAGUCCGGCAGUGGAGCAAUGCUCUCCAAGAAGCUGCAAACUUGAACGGCAAGGAUUUUUCAGAGACUGACAGGUAUGAAGCAGAGUUUAUCACGGAAGUUGUUGACCAGAUCACUAGAAAACUGAAGAAACCACGCCUUAAUGAAGCCAGGUAUAAAGUUGGAAUAGAUUCUCGCGUGCAAAAAAUCAGUACUUAUUUAAAUGUUGGAGGAUCAGAGGGUGUUCGCAUAAUUGGAAUUUGGGGGAUGGGCGGACUAGGUAAGUCCACGAUCGCAAAAGCUAUUUUCAAGAAAUACUACCACGAGUUUGAUGGUGCAUGUUUUCUUCAAAAUGUGAGAGAAGAUAAGAAACUGGUUAAUUCGCAAAACAAACUUCUGUAUGAUGUUUUGGGACCGGGCCACAGAAAGGUGCAUAUGGCCGAUGAAGGGACCGAGGAGAUAGAAACAAGACUUCGCAAGAAAAGCGUUCUUGUCAUAGUUGAUGAUAUAGACUCUGUGUCACAGAUAGAUAUAUUAGCUAUAAGACAUGACUCGUUUGGUCCAGGAAGUAGAAUUGUUAUAACAACAAGAGAUAAACAUUUGUUACAGAUACCUGGAGUGGUGGAUGAGGUAUGUUCUCUGCCGGCAAUGAAUAACGAUGAAGCUCUUGAGCUCCUUAGUUGGCGUGCCUUUGGAAAGAGUUCUCCUAAUGAAGGAUAUCUCGAAGUCUCAAGAAAAGCUGUUGAUUAUUGUGGGGGUUUACCAUUUGCACUUGAAGCCGUAGGUUCUUACCUAUGUAAAAGAGACACAGAGAGAUGGACAAGUGCACUGGAGAAAUGGAAUGAAUCACAGCAUAAUUCGGAUAUUCACGAAAUUCUUAAGAUAAGUUAUGACGGGCUUAAGGAUAGCGAGUGGGAGGAUAUAUUCCUUGAUAUAUCCUGUUUCUUUACUGGAAUGGACAAGGACCGUGUCAUGGCAAUAUUGAAUGGGUGUUACCCUGAUCCAGCAACAGGUAUUGAAGUACUCCAGCAGCGAUGCCUUGUAACUGAUGAUCCAAAUGGCAAUCUGAUGAUGAUGCACCGUUUGAUUCGGGACAUGGGCAGAGAAAUCGUACGUGCUAAAUCCCCUAAGAAGCUUGAAAGUCGUUGUAGAUUGUGGAAUCAUCCAGAUGUAAUAAAAGUAUUGAGGAAAAAACAUGGAACGGUAGAAAUCGAAGGAAUCGCUUUAGAUUCUCCAGAAUCUGACAUGCUUAGCUUCGAUACAGAAAUAUUCACAGAUAUGUCGAAACUGAGAUUACUCAAUAUAAAAGGCGUAAAGAUCACUGGAAAAUGCAAAGAUCUUCCCGAAGAGUUAAGAUGGUUAAGUUUGUCUUACUUUUCUCUGCAGGUGCAGUUUAAUCAACCAAACUUAGUUGACAUCGACCUGAGUGGUAGCAAUAUAGAACUCUGGAAUGACAACGUGUCACUUGAAAUGUUGAAGUUUCUCAAUCUUGGUUAUUGUGCUCAACUGAAACAGUCACCAGACUUUUCAGGAAUCCCAAAUAUUGAGAUAUUGAUACUCAAAGCCUGUAAGAGUUUGUCAAUUAUUCACCGCUCUGUUGGACUAUUGGAGAACCUUAAGUAUUUUUCUGUUGAUCAUUGCAAAAGCCUUCAGGAAAUUCCAAAUUUACCAACAAAUUUGGAAAUCUUGAAAGCCAAUGAGUGCAUCGCAUUGGAAAAGAUGCCAGAUUUUUCAGCAAUGUCGAGAAUGAAAGGACUGCAUCUGAAUCACUCCCCCAAGCUCACUGAAAUUACAGGCUUGUGUAAGUCAUUAGACUCCAUGAAAAGGAUUCGUAUGGAAGGGUGUACCAAUCUCACUGCUGCUUUUAAAAAUGAAAUCCUACAGGGAAUGAGCGCGAACAGAAAUGGUGUUCUUUUUCCUCCCGAAAUAGGGGUUUACCUGGAGCAGGAAAAUUUAGUCAAUCAAUUUUCCAGUCUUAUGACACGUUGAAGUGCGUAAAAGAAAUUGAUGUCGCAUAUAGUGGAGACUUAUACCGAGGAUUUCAGAGGCCAGGCACCGCAAGGUGGUUACGAGUCGACGAUGUAUUAUUGAGUGGGCUUUGUUUUCUAACCUAUAUUAUGUUUAUAUAGUUUCCAGAGUGAUUUUAUGAAUGUUUUACAUCAUGCCACGCUAUUAUUUAGAAAUGUUAUUUGUUGAGGUCGAUUUGAGAUUUAUGAAAUUAUUUUGGCAUGAU